AAUAAAAAAAUCUUCACCUGGUACGAGGGUGAGUCCAUCACCAGUGAACUUUUCAAUGGACGCUUAAGCCUUGUCACCAAUCAUCCGGAAUAUGGAAAAGCAUCUGUUAAUCUCACUGCCAUACGUGAAUCGGAUCAGGGUUGGUAUCACUGCCAAAUCAUCUUCCCCAAUCGUACGCCAAGUGUACGCAACAAUGGUACGCUCUUCCAUUUAGCCGUGCAAGGUGGCUCGCUCAUAAAAAUACCGCCAGUGAAUCAAACGAUUAUGGAGGGUCAAACAGCUUUCUUCCAUUGUGUAAUGAAAUACCCAGAAACAUCGACAAUUGGCUGGUUCAAAGAUGGCACGCCACUAGAGGAUGUACAGGAUUUAAUUCGACGUUGUCAUACGGGCCCCGAUGGCAGCCUCAGCAUCGAUCCGACUAUGAUGAGCGAUUUAGGUGAAUACGAGUGCCGUGUCAACAAUACAGAGGGCGAGUUUCAGUUUGCCAAAGCAUUCCUCAACAUACAAU